AAGAGUUUUUAGCACAGUGUAAAAGUAAGUGAUGGAAAAGCACUGGUUGAUGCUGAAGAAGCCGCAAGCUGCAGGUGUGAGUCCCAGUGAGACUUCAAAUAAGAUAAAACGAGUGGAAGUACCAGUUGUUAAUAGAUCCGAGCUUAGAAAUCAGUUGAUAAAAAAUAUUGAAAAGACUGUUCUGGAUAUAAUCCAGCAAAUCAAUCAGAAUAAAAUUCCUGAGAUUUCAUAUUUAAAUAAAUCAGUCCUAGAAAUGAAUGAUAUUUACAUGAGUGAAGACGAUUCAGACAAAGAAAAUGAUAAUAAUUGCAAUGAAGUGGAGUUAAUAAAAAGUAAGAAAGAAAAUCGUCAAAUAAGUUUUGCUCUGGAAAGAGGAAGAACAAAGAUGGUUCGACUGAUGAUAGUUUUAUCCAAAGCCUACAAGCUUUUGUUAACAAAUAAAACCCAAACAAAACGAUCUUUAUUCUAUGAAUUGAAAGCUGGUGAUGCUAAGGAAUUAUUCAUCAAUGAGUUGGUUGUAGAUCGAAUUAUUUCUGAUGCUGCUAAUUUAUUUAGUUGUGCUACUUGGGAUUUAGGCUUCGUAGCAACAGCAAAAGGUCUAAUUUUUGGUGAUCUUCAACUUCAGUUCGAAAAUGGUUGCAAAAUAGAUUGCUCUCGAAGCAAUGAGACUCUAGUUCCACCAAUAAGUUGUGCUAACAAUGGUCAAAUAGUUGCCAUUGAAUCUACAGCUGAAGCUAUUGUCGUCGUCGAGAAGGAGGCCAUCUUCCACAGAUUGCUAACAGAGAGUGGUUUAAAAAAUUUGUCCAUCAUUUUGAUCACUGGCAAAGGGUAUCCUGACAGAGCUACUAGAAUUUUUUUGAAGCUUCUAGAGCAACACCUUAAGCUGCCUGUUUUUAUUCUAGUCGAUGGUGAUCCUCAUGGCUUUGAAAUCAUGUGUUCCUAUAAGUAUGGAUCUAAAAAUGUGUUGUGGGAAAGAGGUGACUUAAUUUGCCCCCAGAUUGAGUGGAUUGGAGUGUAUCCAUCUGAAAUGGUGAAUAUGUGUCUGCCCAUGAUUCCUUUGAGUAAUAAUGAUCAGAAUAAAUUGAAGAGUUUGGGUAAAAGAGGGUAUCUUUCAGCUCAAGAACGUAAAGAGCUGGAGAUCAUGAUGAUGGGGAAGACAGAAAUCGAAGCUUUGGCUUGUAUUAGUCCAUCUUUUCUGACGUUGUCUUAUAUUCCAACAAAAAUUAAUAAUUAUAAAAUUCGUCAUCAUAAAACUGUUAACAAAAAAGCUAACUAA